CCGGGCGUCAGUUGCCGCUCGCCAGUCGCGAAGGACGCUGUUUCGUCGCAGGACUGCCGUACGCGCCAAAAACAAAUUCCGCCAGUCGCCACCUACAAACACACCUCAGGUCUUGUUGCAAAGCCGUAAAGUUCACCUCUGUAUGCAGCGCAGCAUCAGUUCACAUAUCCGUCAAGUAAAGUAGCGUACCACGUUGCUAAUAGGAAAAAAAACAAAAAAGAGAAAUAUUUGAUCAUUUAAUGGGGGAAUAGAAGAAAUAAGUGCUUGGCAGUGGUCCGCAGUGAGUAGAAGUAUCGGAGAUGUAACUGCACAAUUAUUCCCGCUCCAGAGGUGCUAUUUACCUUGAAAUAAAUCAGUCAGAAUAGUGACUGAAACGCUUUCCAAAUCGCUCUCCUGUAGUGCUUGUUCUGAGUUAAAGUGAUAAUCUUUACAUCGUAUUAUUGCUUUGACGCUUAUAAAAGUUUACACUGCAUUGCGUGUUGAGGAACUAGUGUGAAUAUAAAAUAUCUGUACGAAAUACUAUUGGUCAGGCAAAGAGAGUAAGCAGAGCUGUUCUUAGUCCAUAUUAGAGAGAUUAUUAGUCUUGGACUACCUGCAUUUUUUUUAGAAAUUCGGACGUUACUGGAAAGCUUUUCGAACAGCCCAGCCCAAGUUAAUAUUAGAAGAGGGCUUGUAUUUACGUGCGGUAUCCGUCAGUCCACACUGCGAGGGAAGCGAGAGACAUUUUAUCUCUGCAGAAAAAAUAACCGUGCCGUGAGAGAGCCCCUGUGGUGGGGCCGUGAGUUGUAGCGUGUGGACAGACAGUCGCUGGCGACAAGCUUCGUUUGGAACAGGCAAACAACACUGGACAGGAAAAACAACCCGGGGCCACGCAAGCUAGUAGGUUCUCUGUGUUUAGAUUUCGCUAAAGUGCACCGAGCCGUACAGUGUCCGCCUUGUCUUCAGCACAACUGAAUCUGUAUUAUUACCAGGCCAAAGAGCUCCAGGGACUCAUGCGCACUAGCCUCUAAAGCUUCCUGAACGAGCGAAGCGCACAGGCUGCGCUGGGCUGAACACGAGUAGCACACGUUCUUCCUGUUGACAGACUGUUCCACACGUGUCGUGAGUGUUUGAACAUUCCAGUGUGUGCCGCUUCGGUUUCGUCCGUGUGACUGUCGUCGAGGUCUACCGAGCUCAUCACAUCGUCCGGAAGAAAGCCGAAAUGGGUGCCGAAACGGGUGUCCUGCUACACGUGUCCUGGACGCUGAUCGCAUUGAUCUCGGCUGCCUCGGCGGCCUCAGAUACCAAAGUGGUAACUGGAAACAAAGAAGACUACGUAGCCGAGCCGCCGGCGCUGGUGGAGAACCUGGGCGUGCUGGCCGUGGAGCACGACUUGGAGGCGCGGACCCUGCAGCUCUACGUCAACUGGACGGCGCCCACAGAAGGACACUUACCGGACACGUACUUCUUGAGAGUGAAGUCUAUCAACAAAUCCAGCGACUAUUGUGGUACUAUGGACUACGAUGAAUACCUGAACAGCACGGAGACGUGGUCCCUGGUGCCGCCCGUGGUGUCUGAGGUGGAACACGACCCGCACGUGCUGCACGAGUGUGCGUACAACGUGCGUGUGGAGUCCGGCCCGUACGGCGGGCCUAGUGCUGCGGAGCUCAACUACACCGUGCCUGAGCUGGUGGGCAGCCUGUGGUCGUGCCGAAGGAGAUUGGAGCUGCCGCUGCCCCGCCGCGUCCACGUGGCCGUCAUAGACCACACAGCCGUAGACGUCGCCUGGGAGAUAGACGCUGCCGACGCCCAGACGGUGCAGGGAUUCUCUCUCAAGCUGGGUACGGAGAUAGUGAGCCCUCUACCCAACUGGUUCGAGUUCGGGCCAGAGGUGCUGCUGGACGUUGGCAACUGGAGUGGUGCUGGUGGCGGCGCCCUGCGGCUGGAGCACCGCCUGGAGGGGGACCUCCACAAGCCCGUGCAGUACCUGGUGCAGGUCAGUGUGGUGGACCGCCGCGGCUGCCGGGGACCACCUGCCGAGGCAAAAUUCUACACCACAGGUUAUGGAAGUACUCCACCAUCAGAGACCCUUAUGCUGGUGGUGGUGGUGGUGACCGUGGUGUUGCUGGCAGCGGCCGCAGCUGUGGUGGCGGCGCUGCUGUGCCGCCGGCGAGAGUGCUGGCAGAGGGCGUGCGGCAGCAGGCAGCAGCCGCAGAGCGCGCAGCCCUGGCUGGACGGCUACAGCACCGUCGCCGUCCAGAGCAGCAAUGGCCAUUCUACGCUCUCCGAUGUUGCCUCACAUCCGGAGACAGAGAUGGAGGUUUCUUAUGCCAGUGACAUCGAGCUCCUUGGCAUCAAGGCGAGAUGCGACGAUGUGUGACGCGGAAGAACGAAGGUCUAUGGAGGGAAACACAGCCGCCUCAUCACGAAACUUCCUACUGCCUGAAGCCACAGGCGCUCAACACCGCAGGAGAGGUGGCUGUACGUGAAGUUUUCGCUUUGCCUGCAUACUGCUG